AUGCGCCGCCGCCCCGCCGCCGCCGCCGCCUUCGCCCCGCCGGCACUCCUGCUGCUGGCGUUCUCCGCCCCGUGCUGGUUCUCCCCCAGCCCCGCCGCAGAUGCCGUCGGAGGAUGCCCGCUGGAUUUCAGCUGGGCCAACUUCACCACGGCGGCGGCGGCGUGCUCCGACGGGUCGCAGCGGGCGGCGUGCUGCCGCUACAUCAACGCCUUCGUGGCCACCUCCAUCGCGCGCUACGCCAACGCCACGGGCCGCCUGGGGGUGCCGCCGGCCUUCUCCGAGAUGUGCCUCAGCGCCGUGUCCGACACCUUCAGGCUGCGGGGCAUCGCCACCGACGCCGCCGUCUUCUGCGGCCUCGGCCCCAAGAUCAGGGUCGACUACCAGUGCGCCGGCCGCAACACCGUGCUGGAGAUGAUGCAGUCCCCCAGCUUCAACGACGUCAUCGGCAGCUGCAGGGGGCCCCUCUCCCUCGACAUCACCUGCAAGACAUGCCUCAACUACGGCAUCGUGUACCUCCGCCGGCUCAUCGGGUCCGACGACAACGUCGCGCUCAGCGUGUGCCGCAGCGCGGUGUUCGUCACGCUCGCGACGCAGCACGGCGUGCUCUCCUACGACGAUAUCCUCACCUGCUUCUUCGGUGUUCAGGGGAUCACCACCUUCCCAGGAACGGUGUCUGUCACGUCGACUCCGGCUUCUACUCCGAAUGUCACCGUACCCAGUGAUUCUUUAGCUCCAAAGACCAAAAGUGUUCCACUGCCACAGAAGCAUCAGAAGCCGUACCACAUUUCGGUGGUUCCGGGGAUAGGGAUAGGGGUCAUAUUGCUUGCCAUUCUUCUUCAGAUCGUCUUGGUGGUGCUCAUUCGUCGAAAGAACAAGGAGCUGAGGGAUGCUGAGCUGUCUGCUCAGAGUCCAGACAAUGCAUUUCACCAGGGUCAGUCCUGGAGAUGCGCAGAAGGUCAGUCGCCAAUGUUUCAGAGGUAUAGCUACAAAGAGACAACGAAAGCGACAAACAAUUUCAGCACGGUUAUUGGAAAGGGGGGCUUUGGAACAGUCUACAAGGCUCAGUUUAGUGAUGGCUCUAUAGCUGCCGUCAAAAGGAUGGACAAGGUUUCAAGACAAGCUGAAGAAGAGUUCUGCCGGGAAAUGGAGCUCCUGGCUAGGUUGCAUCAUCGUCAUCUUGUGAACCUAAAGGGCUUCUGUGUCGAAAGGAAAGAAAGGUUUCUCGUCUACGAGUACAUGGAAAAUGGAAGCCUAAAGGAUCACCUGCACUCAUCUGGAACAAAGGCAUUAAGCUGGCAGACAAGGCUACAGAUCGCAAUGGACGUAGCCAAUGCUCUGGAGUACCUCCAUUUCUUCUGUAACCCUCCACUCUGCCACAGAGACAUCAAGUCGAGCAACAUUCUCUUAGACGAAAACUUUGUUGCCAAGGUUGCUGAUUUCGGCCUUGCGCACGCAUCGAGAACCGGUGCUAUCAGCUUUGAAGCUGUCAACACAGAUAUACGCGGAACUCCAGGGUACAUGGAUCCUGAGUACGUGGUGACUCAGGAGCUGACGGAGAAGAGCGACAUCUACAGCUACGGCGUGGUGCUGCUGGAGCUGGUCACUGGGCGGCGGGCGAUCCAGGACAAGAAGAACCUGGUGGAGUGGGCGCAGGAGUACAUGUCGCCGUCCGGGGAGAUCCCGCCGGAGCUGGUGGACCCGACGAUCCGCGACACGGUGGACAUGGACCAGCUGCACCUGGCGGUCGGCAUCGUCCAGUGGUGCACGCAGCGGGAGGGGCGCCAGCGGCCGUCCAUCAGGCAGGUGCUGCGCAUGUUCUCCGAGCGGCUGGACCCCGGCAACGGCAGCUUCGGCGAGGGCAUGGACGACGCCGACGGCGGCUUCUACCCGGGCCGGAGCAGCAGGGGCGGCGGCGCCGGCGUCCACCGCAACGAGCUUGUCCCCUGCGGCGGGGACAUGCGAUCCCUGCAUUCAUCGUCGAGCACGACGAGGUCCUACUGCAGCCGCAGCAUGCUGCUCGAGGGCGGCCAGGCUCACUCCCCACCUGAAACCUUCUGA